GCUCUCAUUGGCUAGAAUCAGAGGUUGUUGGAAGAAGUAAACAGAGAUCAGCUGAUUUGAGACAGCAAGUAUGUUGGCACUAAGGCACAGUUUGCGACCUUUUUCGGCUGUGAUUUCAAGACAAAGACAGAGAUGUUUUUCACAAUCUGGAGAACAGCAACAGUUGCUAGUAUCAGAAGAAAAUGGAGUUCGUCAUAUAACACUUGCCAACCCUAAAACAAGAAAUGCCCUUUCACUACAAAUGCUGGAAGCGCUGCAUUCUGCUGUGGUGGAAGAUACACCCAGUCUACGGUGCAUUGUGGUCGGUGCUCAAGGCAAGGUCUUUUCAGCUGGACAUAACUUGAAGGAGCUGACUUCUAAAGAAGGUCGCAAUUACCACCAGCAAGUGUUUGAGAAAUGUACGGAACUUAUGCUGGCUCUGCAAAAUAUUCCAAUUCCUGUUAUUGCCAAAGUUAAUGGCAUAGCAGCUGCAGCAGGUUGCCAGUUUGUUGCUUCAUGUGACAUUGUUAUUGCUACAGACAAGUCUUCAUUUUCAACUCCAGGAGGAAGUGUCGGUAUAUUCUGCUCAACUCCUGGUAUACCUCUUGUGAGAUGUGUACCAAGGAAGGUGUCAGCCCAUAUGUUGCUGACAGGUCUGCCAAUAACAGCAGAAGAAGCUCUAAGGGCAGGAUUAGUCUCCAAGAUUGUUACUGAAGAAGAAUUAGAUUCUGAAGUGCAGAAAACGGUAGAUGCUAUAACGCACAAAAGUAAGGCUGUAAUUUCUCUUGGAAAAAAAUUCAUGUACAAGCAGAUGGAAAUGGGAAUAGAAGAAGCCUAUAGGGAAGGAGCAUGUGUAAUGGUCAACAAUAUCAACAUGAAGGAUGGACAAGAAGGUAUCAAGAGUUUUGUGGAAAAGAGAAAACCAGUUUGGUCUCAUACACAUGAAUAAAAAUAUUUUGUUGGGAAACAGAAAUUUUGCAGCUCUUUUCUCAGACAUUGCAUCAGUUUUGUGCUCUUUUAAAAAAUUAAGAGUUUGUUUGGGUAAUAAAAGCAUUGUUUGUCUUCCUUUUUAGAAUACUCUUUUAAAUAUUGAUAUAUUUAUACUUAAAAAAUAUAUAACAUGUGCAUUUUUUGUAGUGUUACAAAAAGUAGUACAAUUAAUUUACUGCAGGUUGUUACAUUGUUAGAGAAUAAUAAAUAUUUUACAUAAG